AUGGCACCAACUCUAGCACAGGAACUUCGUAUACACAUUAUCGGGGGAGGUAUGGGAGGUAUGGGAUCUGCAUUAGCCCUAGCCAAGCAGGGCUACACCGAUAUCCACGUAUGGGAGUCCGCUCGGGAGAUCGGAGAGGUAGGAGCUGGAAUAAACAUCACUCCGAACCUGUCGAGGAUUCUUGAUGGAUGGGGUGUAUUACAUAUAGCGAAAGACGAGGCGGUCGCGUUGGAUGGAGCGAGCGUGCUUAAUUGUGCAAAGGAUGAAGUCCUUACCAGUGUCAAUUUUGACUAUAUUGAGAAGGAAUUUGGGUACCCCUUCUUCGUUGUUCAUCGGUCCGCAUUGCAAAAAUGUCUCGUCACCGGAGCCAAAGAAUCAGGCAGAGUAAAGCUACAUUUGGGGAAACUGGUCAAAGAAUGGGAUUUCGACAACAAUCGAUUCUCAGUCGUGGACAGAAGCGCGGACGGAGAAAUUCAGUGGAUUGACGCGGACGUCAUAUUGGCAGCCGAUGGAGUGAAGAGCAAAGCAAGGACGGCCAUGCUUGCUAGAAAAGGCGAGGAGGACCAUGUACAAGAUACCGGACAAGCAGCAUACCGUAUUAUCGUCAAGAGGUCCAUGAUAAAUGAGGACCCAGAUCUCGUGCCAUUCUUCACCGGGUCUCAUUCGUAUAGGUGGAUAGGAGAGAAAAGGCAUAUUAUCGUAGGUUUCAAUGCACUGCGAGGCGAUCUGACAACUUAA